UCAUUUCCUCUAGCUACAGUAAAAACCUGCGUGAUCAAGUACCGAGGCAACGGGCCACGUUUAGAGAAGGCAGUGUUAUUAAGGGAUUUUUCUGUCCCUGUCUCAGUUAAGGUAAUGCCAGCAAACCUUUGACUAUCGUUAUCAACCUUUAACGUCUGAAAAGUCAUAGUAGCACAAGAAGGUUCCACGAUAGGUUCAGCUGAACCAGUUCGUAUUUGUGGCCCGCCAAAAGCCACAGAGGCUCAGUGAGGAAGUGACCAUUUUGUACGCUAGCUAGUUUUGAGGACGUUAUUUAUCUUCUUCGAAAGAAAAUGAGUGGCGGAUUUAACUUUGGGCAGGCCUCUACGGGCUUUUCUUUCGGAACUCCGAAGACUACAACCCCAGCCUCCGACACGGGUUUUGCGCUGACAAACUCCACACCUGCAGCCUCUGGAGGCGGCUUCACCUUCGGCACUGCCACUCAGCCCACCAUCAACUCUACCGGCAAUUUCAGCUUCAGCACACCCGCAAAGAGCACUGCAGCCAGCGGAGGCUUCUCUUUUGGGACCGGGGCCAGCACAUUUGCCCUGGCUGCCACCCCUCAAACCACAACAGCAGCGGUGUUAGCUGUAGCCCCCACGACAGCUAUGGCUGCGGCGGGAUCGGGGGGAUCGGGGUUCCCCCUGGGCGGCGCUUUGGCCGCACAGACCACCGCUGCCGCCCCUGCAGGAGGCGGCUUCAGCUUUGGGUCCACUCCUCAGAUUCAACCCCAACCUAUUGCAGCAGGUGCAGCAGCAACAGCAACAACAACAACAACGGCAGCAUCAGGGGGACUCUUGUUUGGGGGGUUCAACUUUGGUGGUAAGGUCCAGGUGACCACAGCUCCAGCUUCUACUAAUACCACAGGAGGAGGCUUCAGCUUUGGCACCAGGACUCCCUCCACUCUCACCCUAGGCACCCAGCCCCACCCAGCCUCCACUGCUGCAGCCAUAACAGGGCAGGGUGGAGGAUUUUCUUUUGGGAUUAAACCUUCAUCGACCCCAGCCCCUCCUGCAUCCACCCAGCCAGCCCCAGCUUCAGGUCCCUCUCUGUUUGCUUCACCGAUCCCUACUCCUGCUUCUCUGGCCACUGCAGCGGGUACAGGCUUUACUUUGGGUGCACCUUCAAAUGCAGCUGCUAGCAUAGGUGCUACCACAACCACAGCAGGUAGUGGUCUGGCGUUUAUGCUCAAACCUCCAGGGUCAGCUACCUCCAUCUCUGCACCUGCCUCUACUGCUACAAGCACAGCUGUCGCAACAGUUGCUGCUACGGGCUUUACACUGGGACUCAAACCUGUGUCUGGCACAACCGCCACAACGACUGCUACAGCCACCACAAUCACUACAGCCACUGCUCCUCCAGUGAUGACCUAUGCCCAGUUAGAGGGUCUCAUUAACAAGUGGAGUCUUGAGCUCGAAGACCAAGAGAGACAUUUUUUACAGCAGGCAACUCAGGUGAACGCCUGGGACCGCAUGCUGGUGGAGAACGGUGAGAAGAUCACAGCCCUGCACAAGGAGAUGGAGAAGGUGAAACUAGAUCAGAGGAGGCUAAACCAGGAGCUGGAUUUCAUCCUCUCCCAACAGAAGGAGUUGGAGGACUUACUUUGCCCUCUUGAGGAGUCAGUGAAAGAGCAGAGCGGGACCAUCUACAUGCAGAAUGCAGAUGAGGAGCGUGAAAGAACAUACAAGCUCGCAGAAAACGUGGAUGCUCAGCUGAAGAGGAUGUCGCAGGACCUGAAGGAGAUCAUCGAGCACCUGAACACGUCCAGCGGCCCAGCAGACACCAGCGAUCCGCUUCAACAGAUCUGUAAAAUCCUCAACGCCCACAUGGAUUCACUCCAGUGGAUCGAUCAGAAUUCUGUUCUCCUGCAGAGACGGGUGGAGGAAGUGUCCAAACUGUGUGAUAACCAGCGCAAGGAGCAGGAGAAAACCUUCCGUUUAACAUUUGACUGAUCUGCAGCAAAUAUGUUGGCCUCUAUGUUGACAGUGCUAAUUAGAAAUUAUUUUUGUAGCCAUAAAUGGGCACAUCUUUUUAGGGGUCAAGAUGUUUUGGGCUUGCAUUCAGUUCCUGUUAAUCAUAUUUUCCCUCAAAUGUUUGGAGCUUUUGAUUGAUUAACAUUAUCAUUGUGAUAGCAUUUAUAUAGAGUAUUGAAAAUCAGUUCUCCCAUGUAAAUGCCAUGCUUGUUCUAUAUACUAUCAUUAAAU